AUGGCUGAAAUGGUCGCAAGAGAAUGUCCUCAUAAUGAGACUUUGCGACAGUUUUGGAAAGACAAGAUUAGAAAAAUCGUGCCAGAAAGAGAUUCGUGGGAAAAGUUCUAUGCAGAUAUUGGCAGCUGCGAUAUAUACAGGAAUGAAGAAAUUAUACAGAAUUUAUUGAACGAUCUCACAACCUUACCGAUAAGAGCAGUAUCUAUUAUGGACGGUGGCACGCAGGUGAAGCUCAUCCUGACUUAUGAAAACUACCAACAAGCAGUUUUUAAGCCCAUGAGGUUUGGUCGGGACUAUGAAUCUGAUCCGAAUCAUUUUUAUUUUAGUGAUUUUGAGCGGCACAAUGCAGAAAUCGCAACUUUCCAUAUGGAUAAGAUUCUCGGCUUUCGACGAGCUAUUCCAACAGUUGGUCGAGUAGUCAACUUAACGUCAGAUUUACGUGAUAAAGCAGAGAAACGUUUAGCAAGAACUUUUUUCGUUUCACCUGGCAUUAAAUGCGAUUAUUAUUGUGAUACAUCACAUGCGAUUUGUGGUACACCAGAUACCAGAGAAGGAUCCGUACAGGUAUUUUUACCUGAAGAAGUUAACGUUCCUAGACAACAUGAUGAAUCCCCUUAUCGAAGAACGUAUUCGAAAAAAAAUCAAAUAGCCGAUUGGCAAGAAAAUAUGGAUUACUGUCGUGAGAAAGUGAAAAGGAUGAAAAAAUAUGCCCAUGGACGCAUGUUAUUAGAUCUUAUUGAUUUUCAUGUGUUGGAUUACCUAAUCGGUAACCAAGAUCGGCAUCAUUAUGAGACAUUCACAGUGUUUACGAAUUCCCCCACAUAUGCAAUUCAUUUAGAUAAUGGAAGAGCGUUUGGCAGAUCCGAUCUUGAUGAUGAUGAUAUUCUUUUACCUCUACGACAGUGUUGCAUUUUAAGGCCGUCUACUUUCUUAACAUUGUUAAAAUACUAUCAAGAACCAGUUUCUCUGUCAAAAGCGUUGCAUCGGUCGAUGUCCAAAGAUCCAUUAGCGCCAAUCUUGGCAUAUAAACACUAUCCAGCAAUUGAAAGAAGAUUACAUAAAGUAAUGGUUUAUAUUGAUAAAUGCAUUCGAGAAAGUCCUGAUGGUCCAAAAAGCGUCAUCAUAUCUGAAUAUCAUAAUCAUGUUUGUUUGUUUCGAAUAAAAAGUCUCUUUUAUAUUGAAUAG